AUGGGCUACAACACACGCCGGAAAUCUCUCUCGCUGCCAUCCCUGGGCAUAGCAAUUCCUGGAGGGCCUCGGUCUGCGCGCUCACCGCCUUCGACCGCCGACAUGCAGCAACCCGCGAAGAAGCAGAAGCGCUCCCACUCGGGAUCCAGCACAUCCUUGCUCACAUCGCCGUCGAAUACGCUACCCCUGCGCGCCUUUGAUGAGCAGCGACCGAAGAGUUCAGGGCGCGUGGCAGACACCCCGCCACCCUCACCAGGGGGCGAGUCUGGACAGGCCAAGGUCGACACAGAGGGCAUCGAUGACGAGAUCGUCGUUGGCGUCAUUGAGCAGCUCGAGAAGACCGGAAACCGUCCUCACCUGCUCAAGGAGCUCGCGACAGUGCUGUCGCCCAUUAUUCCCAUUGUCGAGAGCUCUGCAAACCCUGCCGCUAUCAUUUCCUCGCGAUUGGCUACCUACCUCAAGCGCAACUGGACCGCGCUCGCGAGAUGUCCUCUGGACAAGAAGCUUGUCGGCACCCACCCCAAGCGCGUCUACUACUUUCUCACCACCACACCCCACCAGCCAAUUCCGGCAGAUGCCUCGAGCAGCGCAGUCAUGCUGCGCAUCGUUACACCAUCACUGUCAUCAGGUGUCUCCGAGGAAGAGGAUAUGGAUGCGCGCGCGAGAGCCCGCAUGUCUCCCUCGCCGGAGCUGGACCUGUCUGACUACGAUGAGAGCGGCAGCGCGGAUCCUUUCUCAAGCCAAGUGCACCCUCCUACAAUCGCAAACAUCUCCCACAACCGCCGUGCGCAAUCUCCUCCCCUCGAGAAGGAGGAGCGCGAGUUCACACUGACCGCGUCGUCCCUGCAACAGGAGCGGAAACGGGCAGAGGCCGAGCGCGAGCGUUCUGCGAGCAUGUCUGCUGAACCCACACAAAGCUCCGACGUCAGCAUGGAUGACGUUGCCCAGUCGAUCGAAGAGACAGAAGAGCUUGCUGCGCGCAAGAACUCAGAAGCUGCUGCUGCUCUGUUCGGCCACAUGGCGAGCUCUUCCUUCGACUUCUCGGUUGACAGCCCUGCGUUGAAGUCGCAAGCAUUUCAACUGGAGAUGCCCCUGCCAAUGUUCAAACCCCACGAGGUAAAACUCGAGAUCGCCGACAUUGACUGGAGCUGGUCAGAUAUGCGGAGCCCCGAACACAUUGAGCUCGACGAGCUCGAGGAGAUGUUCGGCGGCUAUUAG